GUUUUAAACAGACAAAUUUCUGAGAAAACUAUUCGGGGAGUAUAUGCCAAAACAAAAAAAAAUCGAGAAAAACUAAAUAAAUAGUUAAAAGUCAAGUCAGAGAUUUCGAUUGGAUAGCAUAAACACACGCAGUUGCUAUAAACAAAAGCCCGAACGUGAAUCGAGCCUCAGUUCGAAAGAAAAGCUUGCGUAGGGUAGCAGAGCUGCUAGGGCUGCGAUAGAAAAAGGCAAAGUCUUCGAGCGAAUGGAUGCACACGGUGCCAAAAGAACAGCCGAGCCCAACGCGUACGAGCAGCUGGCCAAGAAGAUCUUGCGUCCCACCGUUGCCGAUUCGCAGUCGACCAUGCCCACCCAUCUGAAUGAGCGUGGCGCUCCGCCCAAAGCUGACUCGGAGCCCAAUGUCGAGCCAAGCCCAGCAGCGACAUCUGGUUUCCUAAACGAGGUACUUUAUGCCCUCUAUGGCGACACUACGGGACAUCCGGAGAAUGGCAGCUUCAGCUACCACAAGGCGGCCGAGCACUAUGCUUUGCAUGGUGGGGAUUAUCUAAUGCAGCCACCGGCGCCGAGCUUUAGCGGCGAAGGUGGAGGCGUGGCCCAGAAGGCGCAGCCGGCGCCGCCAGGCUUCGAUCGUGGGGCCAAAGCGCUCUACGAUCGCAAGUAUCCGGUUGGAGUAGGGCAUAAUCCUCGUCCAGGAUCUGUAAGUAAAUGA